AUGCUUUUAUCGGGUAUGCUGCUAUCGGUAGUGAAUGCGACUCCCUCCACUCCCUCUCCUACUUCCGACUCCUCCGCACCCUCCCUCUUUCUUCUCUCCCACGGCAAGCGAACCAGCACAGCGCCAGCACAGCGCCAGUGUACCGCCAGCAUAGCGCCAGCUCCCCUAUGCCUACCCACAUCCCUAAUCUACGGCACGCGAAUCAGCUCAGAUCUUGCCAAGUCAUCCACUGACGCGAAGACCUUCCCCGACUGCUGCACGGACUGCGCCAACACCGCUGCCUGCCACUCUUUCCAGUUCUACACGCCAGAUUCCAUUUCUUCUGCACCUGGCGGACAGAAGCAAUGCUUCCUGCUCUCCGAGGCGCCGGCUGGCCUGGCGAUCAGCGGGCCUCUCAGCUAUGUUGGCGGGUUCUGCAACCCCCCUGCUUCAGCCACUCAGCAGCAGUCCCCCUCAACCACGCCCUCCGGUUCCUCCUCCUCUUCCUCCUCUUCUUCCUCCUCCACCACAACUUCUCCCACCGUCUCCGUGACCUCUCCCCCUCCUCCCGGCGUGAAGGGCGAUCCUCAUUUCGUGGGGUGGGACGGAGUGCAUUUCGAUUUUACCGGCCAGCCAGGCCACAGCUACUGCAUGCUUUCGGAUAACAACGUCCACGUCAACAUGUAUCUGGACGGUUUCACGGAAACCAGCACGAAAGGCGUCAAGGAAACGCACUCGUGGAUCAAGGGGCUUGGGUUUAUCACGCCUAAUCAUAAGCUCGCGCUUUUCGCGAAGACGAGCGCGAGUCCCGCGCGAAGCGGCGGGUACAUGAAGCGGAUUGUGCUUGACGGCCGGGAGUUUAAUCUGACGGAGGGGAACAAGUACGGGACGGCUGACGGGGAAAUCGAGAUUGAGUUUGACGAAGCCGGGAGGAAGGAGGGGGAUGAGGAGUCUGAUGUGUACACUGUAUCUGUACGCGAUACGUUGAAGAUUCUCCUUCGCAUGCGCCCGGAAAUUGGGGGAGUUCGCCGCCCGGAGGAUUCGUUUAUCCACUUUUCGAUGGAGAUUUUAGACGAGCAGCUGUCGACACGCACGCAUGGCAUUCUCGGCCAAACACUGUACAAUCUGAACAAUCCCGAAGCGGCUCCUACUGGGUAUGACGUGGAGUACAGUGGGGUGGUUUGGGCGUGGCAAGUGGUGGGUGCCGACGCGGAGAAUUACAUUCAGGGAACCCCUUCGGAUUACGUUACGAGCCAUCUGCUGACUUCGGAUUGCCGUUUCUCUAGGUUCUCCCGCCGGGGUCUGUUUCACUCCGCCCUCUCCCUUGGCUGCUGGCGCAAGGGGUUCGUGUGCUGA